GGAAAGACUAGGCCUUCGUCGUCGUGGUCGCCUCGCCUCAGCCACCACCGUCUGGGGCGCCUAGGCCUUGGCCUGGCUGCGGCCUGCCUCUGGUUGGCGACCGGGGGACACGUGAGGGAGAAGGAGAAGAAGGGGAGGCUGGGCCCCGGGAGGGAGAAGCAGAGGCGGCGGCGGCGGCGGCAUCAUCGUCGUCGUCCCCGCUUAACACCGCAAUAAGCGGCGGGGUGGUUGUGUUGGCGGCCGCGGCUCCUCCUUUUCCUCCUCCUCCUCCUCCAUCAUCAUCAUCGUCGUCGUCGUCCUCCUUCUGCUGCCGCCGCCGCCGCCGCCUCGCUCCUCCUUAUUGACAAAUAAUACACAAAGGGCCGCGCGGGGCUGGAGGAGAGGCGUCUCUGGAGCCGGCAUGGGAGACAAGAAGAGCCCCACCAGUGCCGGGUGCGGGCUGCCCUUUAGGCCGAAGCGGCAGCCGAAACCCUCCUCGGACGAGGGCUACUGGGACUGCAGCGUCUGCACCUUCCGCAACAGCGCCGAGGCCUUCAAGUGCAUGAUGUGCGAUGUGAGGAAGGGCACCUCCACCCGGAAACCUCGACCUGUCUCUCAGCUCGUUGCGCAGCAGGUUACCCAGCAGUUUGUGCCCCCUACACAAUCAAAGAAAGAGAAAAAAGACAAAGUAGAAAAGGAAAAAAAUGAAAAGGAAACUGCUAGCAAAAAGAACAGUCAUAAGAAAACCAGGCCCAGGUUGAAAAACGUGGAUCGAAGUAGUGCCCAACACCUGGAAGUUACUGUUGGUGAUCUAACAGUCAUUAUUACAGACUUUAAAGAAAAAACUAAGCCACCACCUGCUUCCAGUGCAGCUUCUGCAGAUCAGCACAGUCAGAGUGGUUCUAGUUCUGACAAUACAGAGAGAGGAAUGUCCAGGUCGUCUUCACCUAGAGGAGAAGCCUCGUCAUUGAAUGGAGAAUCUCAUUAAAAUUUAUUUCUUGCAGUUUCUUUAGUCUUUCCUCUCCAGAAUUUGCAAAUAUACACAACUUCUGCCAACAGUUACCACAUUUUCAUGACUUGUUACCCACCAUGCACGAUUUGUAUGUUUACUCCAAUAUGAUUUAUGCUGUUUUAUACAAGUAAAGUGCAGCAGUGAAAUUAAAUUUCACUGCCAUAUGAAAAACAUUUUCAGAUCAACUUUUUAAUCUGCAUAUAAAAAGGUGCCAUGAAAAUGUGGUUUGAAUGUUCUUGAUGCAGUGUUACUGGUAAGUCCAUUUUCACAUUUAGUUUAGUGAAUUCUAACACAGCUCUUGGAUUCUAUACUAUUGGCAUGUACUGAAUUAAAUUUUUAUAACAUAGUUCAAACUGCCUAAAUAUGUAUUAUUUGAGAAUUGUGAAACAUAGUUAUAUGUAUGCAAGUCAAAGAUCAACUUAAUCAACUAUUGCUGCAAAAGACUUUUCGUAAUGAUUAUCUUUAAAACACCUGCUGGUACUUGGUGUGGUUGAAUAGGAAAAAUGUUAUUAAAUAAAACGUUUGUAUGAAUUUUUGCCAAUGUCUGACACACUUUACUAGAUUACUGUUACAAAUUAUAUUGCUGGCUUCUCCAUUAUUUUCCUCACACAUUUAGAACAUUUCUUGUAAUGUUUACAAGCAAAAAAAAAGAGUAAAUUGUUACAAGCAUUAACUGUUUAGCUUUAUAAUUCAAGUAUAGUACUACCUUGUCCUUAUACACUGGUAUUCUAUGUUAAGGAACAUUAAUUUGUUCUCAAGUUAUUAGGCUUUUUUGUUUUAUUUCCUCUUAAUCUGGAUUUUAUACCUAACUACUAUUGAUACCUUAAAAUUCAAAAUUAAUACUGUUCCACUAGGCUUAGCCAUCUUUCCUUCACCCAGAGUAGUUCAGUGUUAAAGUGAUAUAUCAGUUCAGCUGCAGGCUGGGAUCCAAAGAGGCUCUUACAUUUGUAAAAGAGUUUUAGUGCAAGCUUGCGGUUUCCCUUUUCUUCUUCAGCCAUGUCUCUUUGCACUGCAUCAGAGACCAUUCCCAAAGAUCUCCUGAGUCUUGGAAGUGGGCAGUGCAGAGGACUGCAGCUAGAAGAGGUAAGCCUUGGAAGCCGAGUUUGUGCGUGAGCAUGUGUGCGUGUGUGUGGAAAUUCCCUGUGCAGCCUUUUGGAUCCAGGCCAAUGAUAUUAAACGUUGCACCAGAGUGAAUAAAUAAGCAAGUACUGUAGUGUGUAUAUAUAACAUUUGCUCCUAUAUCAGCCUUUUUUUUUUAAAUAAAAGAUCCUUUAUUAAAUAUUAUAGAAUAAAUCAUAGGAAAAAUGCAGUUCUUUCUUUUUGAUAUAGUUGUGAACAUUUAUGCAUUUUAGCAAUAUAUAGAUACAGAACAAAAAAAGAUUUACAGUCCCCUUCGGUAUUAUGUAAACUUUCCAAUAAAAUAUUUUUAUGAGUAUAGGUUUUCCAGUUUUGUUUACAAUCAGUUUAAAUGUUUGGAUGCACCAAUUAAACAACCAUUCAUUCACUAGAAAUAUAAUAAGAAAUACAUUAGGAGGGAAGAUGGUUUGUAACACUAAAAAGUGUUUUUAUACAUAAGUGUGCCAACCAAAUUAAGGGUGCUUACAGCUCAGAAUGUACAUUCGGUUCUAAAAUGAUGCUGUUUCCUGGCCUGCUGUCCUAACAAUUCAGAAAUCAUUUAUUAUAACUGACCGCACAAUCCUAUGCAUGCUUAGUCAAAAAUGUCCUAUUUGGUUCAGUGAGAUGGCAAGAUAAAAUUUUAUGUGACUGCAGUCUCUCACUGUAAUCCUUUUAAAAGUUUUGAAUCUGCAACCUGAUGCUACAGCCUUUAUAAGGUAUGAGCCCCAUGGUGCAUAUGAACUGACUUUUAAGUAAACAAGCUUAAAAUUGCACCACACAAUUAUUAUUUGCAUCAAUAAUGAAAGCGUCCUAAUUCAUUCUCCUCUAAACUUGUUAUGUCUUCCUAUUGCUCCGUUACUUGCUCGCAUCAGCAUCAUAUAACCAUUCUUGAAGAUGCAGACUGACUCAGUAGGAAUGGCUCCCUUUACUAUUGGGCCAUCAGCAGUAAGGACACUAAAAGAGCAAGAGAAGUUAUCUAGUCAAAUUAUAUAUUUGAGGUUCUUACUUCAGGCUGUAAUCUUAUUCCUACUAUUCUGGGAAUAUGUCCUGUUGAAGUCUGUGGAAUUUAAAUAGGUAGAAUUGGGCUGUUAAAGUUUCUACACACGUCAUCCAGUUAUUGGUGCAAGAAGCACCAUUCCCAUUCUAGCAAAGAAUUCACUUUUCCUCUCUGAAAGUAUUUAUUUUGAAACCAGUAUAAAACAAUAGGGUGGAAAUUUUGGUAAUAACUCUAACCUAAAAAUAUUAAGUAUAACAGCCUUUCAUCUAGAAUAUUGGAAUUUUGUAGCCCCUGACAAUUGUGAUGUUUGCUGAUUUCUUGUAGUAAUGUAUUUUUCUGUUUUAAACUGCAGUACUUCUACAGGCACAAUGGUACUGUCUAUUUUGUACGAUGUUAGUUGUAAAAUACACAUAGUUGCAUAAAAUGAGUCUGAUGUGAUAUCUAAAA